CUGUCGUAGAUCGAUGUAUACCUCUUGUAUGUUGUUUCCCGGUAAUGUCGCUCAGAUAGUGUCAUCGUAGAACCUUAGAGAUGUGGAAUCGUUUAUGUUUUCUUCUGUUCUGUUACGUCACACAAGCAGUAGCGGAGAGGAAUGAUGAUAACAAACCCGUUAUCCAGUUCGACGAGGCCUGGCUUUCUAUCAACUCCACCGUACUGUUUUCUACCUCCAUCUUCUACAUCAACACAGAGUGCUUUAAGUGUCCGUACGUGCUAUGGGGUAAGGCGCCUGGUCUGACCACUACAACUCUGGUGGUCAACACAACCUUCCCAACAAGGCUCAAGCUUCAGAGAAACCUUCCCAAUGGAGUACUGGAGACAUUUUGCGAAUUUGAGGAAAAGUUUCAAGAGAAUGGCGACUACUGGCUGUUCCUCAACUUUUCAUCGUAUACCUCAGAAAGGUGUGACAUCCAGCUUAACAAUGAUCCACUUCCGGCGGAAAUGCCAAUCCUGUUCGUAUUCGCGGGACUGAUAGGACUCGCCAUCCUCGUUAAAGUCGUAGGAUACUGCUACAGACAACGUACCCGGACACGGUCGGCCGACAUUACCGAUCCAUCUCAAAGGUCAAAGCACGACCUGCACGUCACGAGCAUGAAAACUGUGACGAAGACUGCGCCCGACAGCUACGGGGCCGUAGAGAUGGACAUACGACCUCCGCUGUAUACAGGGGAGGCUGUGAAAGAGAAACCACGGAAACAAAGGCUGAAAUCACUGGAUACAUUUAGAGGGUUAAGCUUGGUGAUAAUGGUAUUCGUUAAUUAUGGGGGAGGAGGCUACUGGUUCUUUGACCAUCCCCCUUGGAAUGGUUUAACUGUAGCUGACCUGGUCUUCCCAUGGUUUAUAUUUAUAAUGGGAACCGCAAUGAAUUUCUCUUUCCGUGGAAUGCUGAAAAGAGGAAAAUCCCGAAUAAGGAUAUUCUUUAAAAUAUUGAAAAGAUCUAUCCUACUUUUCGCCAUUGGAAUUAUACUGAAUACUAACUGGGGACCUGUAGACCUGGAGAGUAUUCGAAUUCCCGGCGUAUUGCAACGUUUUAGUCUGACUUAUCUAGUGAUAGCCCUGAUGGAACUCGUCUUUACACGGAAGGCUGACUCGCAUCAGGAGAGCUGUUUUGCACCAAUUCGAGAUAUUGUGUUGUAUUUACACGAAUGGGUUGUCGCCCUUGGCAUUCUUAUAGCAUAUGUGUGUAUCACAGUAUUUGUACCAGUUCCAGGAUGUCCCACUGGAUACAUAGGCGCCGGGGGUCUGAGUGAGGGAGGAGCACACUACAACUGUACAGGGGGCGUGGCUAGUUACAUCGACAGGAUGGUACUGGGCAGUGAACACAUCUAUAACCAUCCAACCCCUCAGAGGAUAUACCAGACUACUACAGCACACGACCCUGAAGGAAUCCUCGGUACACUCACCUCAAUUUUCCUUUGUUUCCUUGGUGUUCAGUCUGGACGUAUCAUCAUCACUUAUCCAAAGCACAGUUCUAGGAUAGCUCGAUGGAUCAUCUGGGCCACAGUCACGGGUGGAAUUGGUGCACUGCUCUGCAAGGCCUCACAGAACGACGGUUGGGUACCCCUUAACAAAAAUCUUUGGUCUGUAUCCUUCAUUCUCGUCACCGCUAGCUUCGCUUUCAUCGUCCUCUCUUUUCUCUACAUCAUCAUCGACAUCCUCCACUGGUGGGACGGAGACCCGUUCGUAUACCCUGGCAUGAACUCCAUUGUUGUGUACUGCUGCCAUGAUGUAUUCUACCGCUUCUUCCCCGUGAACUGGGGGAUGGAAUCCCCGCAGCACUGGGAACUACUCCUCAAGGCGAUAUGGGAUACAGCUAUCUGGGUGGUCUUGGCCUAUAUCCUUUAUCGAAAGAAAAUAUUCGUCGCACUUUAGAUAGAAUGGUAGACUCGUCGGAAGAGUCUGAUGGGCACUCCCGAGACUAGUAAAGGAGUUGACAAUUAAACAACAAAGAUGGAGUGAUGGAAUAUGAAUGAUAAGCUGGGCAUAUACACAUUUUAGAGAUUCCAAAUUAUUUUUCAGAAAAAAGCAUCAUCUGCUCAGGCGAUAUUAUUGCUGAUUUUACAACAAAAUAAAAUGGAAAUUUUGAAAUGCUUUGGAAACAGAAAGUUCUAACAUAAAGGUAUAUUCGUUUUUCAUAUGUAGAUGGACAUAUGGGAAGUUUUCUUAUUGGAAACAAUGCCGUGGUACAAUGUUCAUUAACAAUGCCGUGGUACAAUGUUCAUUAACAAUGCCGCUUUUAGGACAUACACAAAUGUACUUGGACAUAACGUGUUCGACCGGAAAUUAUAGCAACAGGGUCGUGAUCAUCCGCUUACUUAUCCAAAAAGCAGCCGAGGAUACACUAAAUAGAGCCGAGAAUAGGCGCAUUGUGUGAACAUUGUGACACCGGUAAGGCAUUAUUUGUGCCGAGUGUUGUCGCAAAGUGUUGUUUGGAAUAUUUUUACACCGGUAGUUUAAUUAAUUUUACACCGGUAGUUUAAUUAAUUUUACACCGGUAGUUUAAUUAAUUUUACACCGGUAGUUUAAUAAAGAUUACGCCGGUAGUUCAAUAAAGGUUACACCGGUAGUUUAAUAAAGCUUACGCCGGUAGUUUAAUAAAGAUUACACCGGUAGUUUAAUAAAGAUUACACCGGUAGUUUAACAAAAGAAGCAGAAGAUAGGUGCACUGCUUAUAGGAUUCCUCUGACACUAAUUAUACACUCAACGAACCCGAGGAUAGUUUAAGACGUUAACGGAUUCUUUGGACACCGGUUAGAUACUAAAUGCAACCAAAUAUUGGUGUGACGAUGUAACAAUUGUGCUGCAUAAGGGCGUACCGAUGUAUUGAUAUUUUGAUACCGGUAAUAUAAUAAACGUGGCCGAGGACAGGUGUG